UAGGAGAUUAUUCAACAACAAACGUUGUCCUCUGUUGCUCUGCUCUAAUUAGCCAAGGUUAGUUCCCCCCAAACAGACCAUUGAUCACCAGCCAAUAUGGAUACAGUGUUCUUGCCAUUCUAAACAGAACAUCAAGGUAUUUUCAGUUCACACACAGAAAAAAACAUAUUUUAAAGCUAUUGGGCUAUGAUAUUAGUGUUCACAGUGUCCUUCGUGAAUAAGUCAUAUUCUGUAUCUGAAUCUUAAAAUUUAACAAACUCCAGUCCAACCACAUAGCACAAAAUAUAACACUGAUCAUUCAAGUAUCUUUCAUGAAGUUCUCUUAUUAUUGUUAUUAACUGCUAUUAAAAGGGUUUUUCCCCAUUUUUAAACCAGCGGCUACUGGUCAGGAACAUUUCUAAAACAUCUUUCGUGAAAAUGACAUUCUGCGUGUGUAACAAAAAAGAUACACUUGUUGGUCCAAUUGGAUUGAGUACAUUACUCCCAUUGAACCUAAUAUUUUUUUGCUAUAGAACUUUUAAGAUUUGUUUUUACUGUUAAUAUUCCUUCCACAUCCCCUUCUGUAAGUAGUUUUAGUGUAAAUGUAAAAUAAUUAGGGAAUUUAAACUACAAAAGCUGUAAAGUAAAAAAAUGCCUACUGAUGUUGUGAAUUGUUCAAAAUCUCUUGCAAUAAAAUCUUUAUAAAAAUAAAUAAAAAACAUAUUUUGUGUGCAAAAAAAAAAACUUAUAAAAGUUUACAACUUAUGAAAGUUUAAAUUUUAAUUUUAUUGAGAUCUUUCCAACAGCACACAAUAAUACACUUGAUAUAUAUGGCUUUGAGUAAUCAAUGUACAUUUCUGAAAUUUACAGAAAUAUCCGACCCCUGAUGUGACCUGUAAAGGGCAUUUGAGGAUGAAAAGAGGGACUUCUGCUGACCAAUCACAUCUGUUAGACACAAAAAAGCCCGAGUAAAGAUGGGAGACUGGAACUUUCUUGGUGGGAUUUUGGAAGAAGUGCAUAUCCACUCUACCAUGGUGGGAAAAAUCUGGCUCACAAUCCUCUUCAUAUUUCGCAUGCUGGUGCUUGGUGUGGCAGCGGAGGAUGUGUGGAAUGAUGAACAGGCUGACUUUAUCUGCAACACCGAGCAGCCUGGUUGCCGCAAUGUGUGCUAUGAUAAAGCUUUCCCCAUUUCCCUAAUCCGUUACUGGGUUCUGCAGGUCAUAUUUGUGUCCUCUCCCUCACUGGUGUACAUGGGCCAUGCCCUCUACCGCCUCCGUGCUCUUGAGAAGGAGCGUCAGCGCAAAAAGAUGGCACUGAGACGAGAACUUGAGGGUGUGGAUGUGGAGAUGGCGGAGGUACGGCGCAAAAUAGAACGUGAGCUUCGGCAGAUCGACCAGGGGAAAUUAAACAAGGCUCCAUUGAGGGGGUCUCUUCUGCGCACAUACGUGGCUCACAUAGUCACCCGCUCAGCUGUAGAAGUAUUCUUCAUGACAGGACAAUAUGUUCUGUAUGGGUUUCAACUGAAUACACUGUACAAAUGUGAACGGGAGCCUUGUCCCAAUGCAGUGGAUUGCUUUGUAUCUCGACCCACUGAGAAAAGCGUCUUCAUGGUGUUCAUGCAAUGCAUAGCUGGCAUUUCAUUGUUCCUCAACAUUCUGGAGAUCCUGCACUUGGGGUACAAGAAACUUAAAAAGGUCAUUCUGAACUACUAUGCACAGCUGAGGGAUGAUCCCAAUGACAGCUACUAUCCCAACAAAGUGAAGAAAGAUUCUGUUGUGCAUCAGACAUGCAUUGGCACCUCCACUGGCCGCAAGGCCACCAUUGCUUCUGCACCCAGUGGAUACAACCUUCAUCUUGAUCGACCACCUGAUGGAGCUGCCUAUCCUCCUUUGAUUAACCCAUCCUCUGCUUUCUUGCCUGUUCAGGGUGAUUUACCAGCUAAAAACGGUGCUGAUGAACCAAAGUACUUGCAGAACAGUCCCACAGAGCACAACAGCAAUUCAAACAAUACCAGCAGUGACUCGCACUCACCACCUUGCAACUCUGUCACUCCACCCAAGCAAGACGAAGGGGAAGAUUCUGUCCAAACUUUACCACUGCACAAGAAAGGGCAGGAGUCUAAGUUAUCAGAGUCAUCGAGCCACACCAGAGAAUCAUCUCAUGCCUCAUCCAGCAUGGUAAAGAAACCUUGGAAGGGUAGUGCUCCCUGGAAUUGCUCAACAGUCGUAGAAGGUAAUGGCUCAGACUCAGAUUCCCUGGAAGGCUCCAAAGCUCGUUGUCCUUAUUCUGCUGUGCGGGCACGUACCUCAUCCAGGUCUGAUACCAAGCUGAGCAGGCCCACCUCCCCUGAUUCAGUCGAAGAAUCGAGCUCUGAGUCACGGCAUAGUCCACGAGCGUCACCAAGCCAUCGUGCCUCAUUGGCCAGCAGUUCCAGCAGCAGACGAGCAGCUCCCACAGACUUACAAAUUUAAGGAAAACGUAUUGCCUCCUUACAAAUUCAGUCACACAUCUGAAGAAAGACAAAGGGAAAGAUUCUGUCCAUCAUUUUUCUCUUCUCUAGAAAGGCCAGGAGUCCAAGACUUAAAACUCAUUGAGCUAUUCUUGGAAAUCUUCCCAUGCUUGAUCUAGCAUGGGAAAACAGCUGGAAAAAGCACACCCUGGACCUGCUCAAGAAUUGUAGAAGCUAAUAGCUCAGGAUCCGCUGGAGAUGCUUAAGAAUUGUAGAAGCUAAUGGCUCAGGCUCUGCUGGAGCUGCUCAAGAAUCGUAGAAGCUAAUGCCUAAGGAUCUGCUGGAGCUGCUCAAGCUUUGUAGAAGCGAAUGGCUCAGGCUCUGCUGGAGCUGCUCAAGAAUUGAAGAAGCGAAUGGCUCAGGCUCUGAUGGAGCUGCUCAAGAUUUGUAGAAGCAAACGGCUUAGACUCUAAAGGCACCAAAGCUCUCUGCCCUUAUUCUGUGAUGCAGACCUGUUCAUCCAGGUCUGAUUUAAAACUACACAAGUUCACCUCUCCUGAUUCAGAUUGGGCACGGCACAGUCCACCAGUGUCAGCAAGCCAUCAUUCUCCAGCAGUUCCAGUAGUAGACAAGCAGCACCCAUAGAUUUACAGAUGGAAGAAAAACUCAUUAUGUACAUGUCAUGUUUACAGUUGGAUAAUAACCAGAGUCUACAACUUUGAUAUGAGCACAAACGUAAUCUCAGACUCAAAAAAAAUAUCCAACUUUUAAAAGUACUCCUAAAAGUAUUGUUUACACUGUCUUUUUAUAAAUUAUUCUGAUGCAGCAGAGUACUUGCAGAACUGUUUCACAGAACACAACAGCAAUUCUAACAACACCAGCAGUGACUUGACCUUGUCAGCUUGCAACUCAGUAAAGCAAGAUGAGUGGGAAGAUUCUAUACAUCCAUUACCUCUGCGAAAGAUAGGCCAGAAGUCAGUGACUUCGAGCCACACCAGGAACUCUUCUUGUACAUCAUCCAGAAUAGAAAAGAUUAUUAGGUCAGCACACCCUGGAACUGUUGUAGAAGAUUAUGGCUCUUAUUGCCUAGAAGGUAUCAAAGCUUUGCCAUCCCUGUGCCACUGUGUGGGCAUAUAAUUUGUCCAGAUCCAGUUGCAAGGUGGGCAGGCCCAUCUCCCGUGAUUCAGUUGAAGAAUUGAGCUUGAAGCACCUCAGCAGUGCCAGUUGCAGACUAACAGCUCCCACGGACACAUGGUGGAAAAAAAGUAGAUUCGUUGUAAAAUCUACAUCUGAUGUUAAUGCAGAAGUAAUCUCAAACUAAAGUUUUGUAAAGUUUUUAAACUGUUGUGACACUCCUAAUUGGAUCGUUUACACUCUUCUUUAUACAUAUCAAUUCAGAAGUUCACUUUUAACAGUUAAACUGCGUCCCAAAUGGCACACUAUACACUAUGUACUUAUGCACUUACACACUCAGCAGCAUAGUAUAUGAAUGUAGUAUCAUCCCAAAUGGAACACUAAUGUUUUUUUACUGACUGCAAAUUCUAACCAUUUCCCAGGUGACAUUUGCCGGUUGCCAAACUAGCAAAAUAAUGACCAAACUGCCAAAUGAUACCUGCCAUGAGAAUAAUCGAUUCACAAUCAAAAAAAUAAAGUAAUCCGACAUUAGUGCCUGAAAGCUCCACCCCUUCUAAUACAUUAGCAAAGUAGCGGAUACUGCAAAAUGGUGUAGAAUAAUACACAAGUAUGUGAUUUUGGACGCACCUUAUAAUAAAAUACCAUUUGUAGUAUUUGAUUAUAUAAGGAUUGUUCUCAUUUGGACAUUGUUUUUUUUUUGAGUACUUCUUGCAUCAGAAGUC